UUUGUACUGUGACACCACCGCUGCUCACUGUAGGUAACAAAACUGAAACAAAACGAACAUAAUGACACAUUGACAAUUUUCUGCCAAUAUAGACAUUUCUAUUUCAAUCAAGACAGUCGUAAUGGAUUGUCUCGAAUACUGCGGCUGGCGUUGAUUUCGUCUGAUAGCUUCUAGUUAGUUUUUACAGCAUUAGCCUUUACUGCACGUUAUUGUUUUCCCUUGACGCCCUCCAGCUGCCCAUUCCAGUCAGACUGACAAGUCAUGCAUGUGCACGAUGCCACAGCUCUGAAGGCAGCAGCGUCGUGCGGCUGAGUGCAGCUGUGCACGGCUGUCCACGCCAGCAAAAGCGGGAGGGGCCGCGGGCAGCUCCGCAUAUAUUAACCGACACCCGGGGAUAGCAUCGCAGGCUCCACCGAGCAUCGCGGCGGAAGGAAGGACGAGGAUGGUGGCGGUGCAAGCGUCCCCCAAUUUGUCUCCGUCGCCCGAGUGGAUCUGCUGUCUGGACAAGAGGCCCUCGGAGCGCUCAGGAGAGGAUGUGGAUAUUAUUCUGACCAGACUGAAAGAGGUUAAAGCCUUCACCAAGUUUCCACCUCCACUCUUGGUGCAAAUCUGCACCUGUGCCUUCUAUGAAUGUCUGGAGAAAGGCAUUACACUGUUUCGACAGGGAGACAUUGGCACCAGUUGGUAUGCGGUGCUGUCCGGUUCUCUGGAUGUCAAAGUGUCCGAAACUGCUAACCACCAGGAUGCGGUCACCAUCUGUACUCUGGGGAUCGGGACAGCCUUUGGGGAGUCCAUCCUGGACAACACGCCGCGUCACGCUACCAUCAUCAGCAGAGAGACCAGCGAGCUGCUUCGAAUCGAACAGAGGGAGUUCAAGACCCUCUGGGAGAAGCAUCGUCAGAGCUUGGCUGGACUGUUGGCUCCUCCUUAUGGAGCAAUGGAGAGUGGAUCCAACAAUGACAGACUUGCCGACAAAGACAAGAUGAACUCAGACUCUGCAAACAAAACUCAUAAUAAGAUGCCCACGGAAAAGCUCCAGAGAGCGGGUAAAGUUCUCCGCAACGCCAUCCUCUCCAGAGCUCCUCACAUGAUCCGAGACAGGAAAUAUCACCUCAAGACAUACAGACAAUGCUGCGUAGGCACAGAACUCGUGGACUGGCUCGUGCUGCAGAGUGCAUGCGUUCUUACUCGUUCCCAUGCUGUUGGCAUGUGGCAGGCACUGCUUGAAGAUCAGGUGCUGAAUCACGUGGACCAGGAACUAGGUUUCCAGGACAAGUACCUGUUCUACCGCUUUCUCGAUGACGAGGAGGAGGACACGCCGCUGCCGAGCGAGGAAGAGAAGCGGGAAAGUGAAGAGGAACUGCCGGAGACCAUCCUCUUCCUCGCUCAGAUUGGACCGGAUGCGCUGCUGCGCAUGAUCCUCAGGAAGUCGCCUGGUCAGAGGACAGGCGAUGACCUCGAGAUCAUCUAUGACGAGUUGCUUCACAUCAAGGCCUUAGCUCACCUCUCCAACACUGUGAAGCGGGAACUGGCGAGCGUCGUUAUCUUCGAGUCGCACGCUAAAGCCGGAACUGUGUUGUUCAACCAAGGAGAAGAGGGCACCUCAUGGUACAUCAUCCAGAAGGGCUCCGUUAAUGUGGUUAUCUAUGGCAAGGGGGUCGUGUGCACACUCCACGAGGGCGACGACUUCGGAAAGUUGGCCCUGGUUACAGAUUCACCUCGCGCUGCCUCCAUUGUCUUAAGAGAGGACAACUGCCACUUCCUUCGUGUGGACAAGGAGGAUUUCAACAGGAUUCUCAGGGACGUGGAGGCCAACACAGUGCGUUUGAAAGAGCACGAGCAAGCUGUGCUGGUUUUAGAAAAGAGUCCUCGAGCCUCCACCCUGGGAAGCAUCAAGUACACUGUGAUCUCAGGCACUCCGCAGAAGAUUCUUGAGCACUUUUUGGAGACCAUGAGAAUGGACAUACAUCACAGUGAACCAGACCCGGCGGUGGACGAUUUUGUCCUCAUGCAUUGCGUCUUCAUGCCCAACAGCCAGCUGUGCCCUCUACUCAUGGCCCACUACCAUGCGGCCUCCCCGCCCGGCUCCGAACAAGAGCGCUUGGAGCAUGCGCUCAACUGUAAGAGGAGGGUUCUCAUUCUGGCUCAGCGCUGGGCUAACACGCACACAUUUCUCCUCCAGGAAGAGCCUGCUGCAAUUUCUUUCCUCGAGGAGUUGUUUGGAAGUGUAUCAAACGAUGCGCGGAUGCUCAGGGCGUUGAAAGACUUGCUUCCCGACCUGGAGAAAGUUGUCAAACUGCAUUCAGAGGAAGCCAAGGCCACAAAAAAGAAGACUUUAAUACGGCAGUUCAGCAACGGUGAGGAGAGGCUGCAGAAGAAACAGGCCAUUAGAAAUCAAGAUGACAUUCUAUUGAAGGUGUACUGCAGUGACCACACAUACACCACCAUUCGAGUUGCCGUUGCCGCGACGGGCAGGGAAGUGAUAUGUGCCGUGGCCGACAAACUUGGUUCCACUGACGAGCUCGUGCUGGUUCACCUCAGCUCAGCUGGCGAGAAACAAGUCCUGAAGCCUAAUGUUGUCUCGGUGUUUUCUUCUCUGAGCAUCAACGGGCGAUUAUUUGCCUGUGCACGGGAGCAACUCAGUAGUCUGACUCCCCUCGCAGACCAGGAGGGACCCUCGGCAGGUUCGAUGUCGACUUUUGAGCUGAUGAGUUCGAAGGAUCUCGCUUAUCAAAUGACAAUGUUUGACUGGGAGCUCUUCAGCUGCGUGCACGAGCACGAACUGCUCUAUCACACGUUUGGCCGCCAAAGCUUCCGAAGAACCACGGCUAACCUGGACCUGUUCCUGCGAAGGUUCAACCAGGUUCAGCUCUGGGUGGUCACCGAGGUGUGCCUCUGUGGACAGCUCAGCAAGAGGGUCCAGCUCCUCAAGAAGUUUAUCAAGAUAGCCGCGCACUGUCGGGAGUUUAAGAACCUGAAUUCGUUUUUUGCCAUCAUCAUGGGCAUGAGCAACCCCGCUGUAAGCAGACUGAGUCAGACAUGGGAGAAGCUGCCGACCAAGUUUAAGAAGUUUUACGCCGAAUUUGAGAGCAUGAUGGACCCAUCCAGAAACCAUCGAUCCUACCGACUAACCGUGACCAAACUUGAGCCGCCAAUCAUCCCUUUUAUGCCCCUCCUACUUAAAGAUAUGACUUUUACACAUGACGGCAACAAGACAUUCAUUGACAGCAUGGUCAAUUUUGAGAAAAUGCGUAUGAUAGCAAACACAAUUCGACAAGUGAGGCACUGUAGAAGCCAGCCUUUCAAUCCUGACAUCUGCCAACCCAACAAGAAUCAGGCGGAGGUUAGAGGCUACGUCAGGAAGCUCUGCGUGAUCGACAACCAGAGGGCGCUGACGCAGCUCUCCUACCGGCUGGAACCUCGGCGGACAUGAGACUCGAAUCUUUUCACCACCGUCGCCUUCCUUGUGACUCCACACAAAGCGGACGCGUCAGCAACUACGCGCUAAGUAGCAACACACAAACAGUCAGUGACUUUGAAAACUCGAGGGACAAAUACUGUGCCAUCAAAGGUCUCUUCCUAUCGCCGUGUCUUAGCCCCAUGCCAGAAUGAGGCUUAAUACCGUAGUAGUUGUUACCGUUUUGGGACCUGUUAGAACUUGAAUCAAUAUCCUGCAUGACUGAACUUCAUAGACUUGGUGUUCUAUACAGUGGAUUUCUAUCAGCGUGUCCUGCAAUGUUGUGCUAGCCAAAUGCUCCAAAUGUUCCAAAGUGAAGUAUAAUUGAUGUUUCUUAAGCGCCAUACUCACUACAGAAUCGCCAUUUAUCCAUUUAUCUCAAGAUA